UUUGUUUUCCCAUUUUGUAAUUCUUAUCUCGGCGUGUAAGGAGCUCGUCAAGCAACAUGUCAUCUUCUGAAUCAGCAUCAAAGUAAUAAUGAAAGGCAGCCACUGAUAACAACACAAAGCCCUUUCUUACCAAUAUAUUACGGAGCAUCUCCUACUCAUGGCACAGCAUUCGCAUUCAACACUAAGGUGAAACAUGGCGCAUCUACCUGUAAUUUUUAUUCCCUUUUGCCUCCUGUUUUUAGGAGCGUUGCCGUGCUUCACUUCCGGGACCACUUUGGAGGAAUUGCAGUUGCAACUGAAUCAAUUAAACAAAAAUUAUAAAACUUUGGAAGAAAAAGUUGCUAAACUGGAACUUGCUCUGCACGUUGGGAAUCAAUCGGCGGGAAAAAUUUCGAUUUCUCGAACGUGUCGAGAGACCCGUGCUGCCGAUCCUUUUCUUGGUUCAGGAAUGUACUGGAUCGAUCCGGACGGCCAAGCAGUGGGUGACGAUCCCAUCUACGUUUAUUGCGACAUGACCAAAGGAUCAACCGCUGUUCACCACGACAGCGAAUCACCGACGGAUGUGGGUCAUUGUGCCGGCCCGGGAUGUUAUUCCAAGGCAGUCAACUACGCCGCCAGCAACAGGCAAAUGCUAGCAUUGGUUGAGUUAUCUGCCCAGUGUUAUCAGUCGAUUAAAUACGAUUGCAACAAUGCCCCGUUGGAAUUGAAUGGUGUUUCUUACGCGUGGUGGAAUGAUAAAUAUGGAAUCCCGCAAUAUUAUUGGGCUGGCAGCAAUAACAGCGUGCAUACCUGCCAGUGUGGGAUCGAUGGCACCUGCGUCGAUCCUGUCGCCAAAUGCAACUGCGAUGCUGCUGCACCUGUGCAAUUAUUCGAUGACGGUGUCGUGACGAAUAAGGAAAUUCUCCCCAUCACAAUGCUGAACUUUGGUCGCACUCAGUUGGAAACUUCGUCCGGUGUUCACACGUUGGGCCCCUUUGAGUGUGUCGGACAGGUAUCCGUCGAUCGGAUGCCAUCCUCUUGUGAAGAUCUAUGGAAAACCGGACACAAAUUGAACGGAUUAUAUUCAGUGGUAGGCGUUUCAACGGCUGAGAGCAUUUACUGCGAUUUUUCCAAGCUCCCACACGAGUUAGGUUUUCAGAAUUGGAUCGGAUUCAUAGACAUCAAAUCGUUUCCCACUCACUUUUACGUAAGGAAACUCCAAAAUUACUUCGCUCAACUAUAUACUCCUAUUCCUUUUGAAGACGAAAUGGUGAAUGUGGGAGGUGCCAUGAAUUUGACUGCGGGUAUAUUUACUGCACCUCGAACGGGCAAAUACUUUUUCUCCGCGUCCGGGAGCACGAACUUUCCAGCGUCUUCAUAUACGCUUCUAUUUGACAUAGAUUUAUUUAAGAACGGUUAUACAAUAGGUGUAAGUAGAACUGAUUCAUACAGCUCUUCUUCAAAUUUAAAAACAUUUACUCUGCAAGCGGUUGUGGAUUUGCAAAGAGAAGAUGAAAUUUGGUUGGCCGCUACGUUGGCGGCACAGGGAGCAUUCAUUUUUGGUUACGACUACACUCAUUUUAACGGUUUCUUAUUAGAAGAAGCAAUUUCAGAAUCAUUGAAUGCCAUCUAUUAUACAUUGUAAGCCAAAAUUC